CAAACUCAAAGUGCUCAGUGCUGUCAAAAUAGAGAACUGAACUUUGAAGUGCAAUUCCAAUUUGUAAUUAAUUAAUUAUUGUUUGUGAUUUUGAUUUAGCCGGUUCAGUGCAAUAAUUAAAACUUUUCAUUAACUUGCGUUUUGUGUCUAUACACUUGACCUGAAUUCAUAAUGUCCGAGAACCAAGACACACCAAUGGCUAAUAAUGAAGCUGAUGAUGUACCAAAAAAAGCUGUGGUGGUAAGGAACGGUGAGAAUCACAGUGAAGACGGUAAAUCUCCGACGCCGCCCGUUACCCCGCCGCCUGUUGAGGAGGAAACCCAGGAGCUGAUUGUAGUUGACGAGAACACAGACAUUCUCGAUUUGAACCAUGGCAGAAUCGGUAAAAUCGAAAAUCUUGAACCACUAAAGAAUUUGGAAAGAUUAUACUUAAGGUGGAAUCUAAUCAAAAAGAUUGAAGGUCUGGAUACACUCACCAAAUUAGUGGAACUUGAGCUUUAUGACAAUCAAAUUGUUGUCAUUGAGAAUUUGGAUAGCUUAGUUAAUUUAGAAAUACUGGAUCUCUCGUUUAACAGAAUUAAGGAAAUCACAGGUCUUGACAAGCUGCUGAACCUUCGGAAAUUGUUUCUAAGCUCCAACAAGAUUACUGAAAUCAAAAAUGUUAAUCACUUCCCUAAACUGGAAAUGUUAGAGUUGGGCGACAAUCGUAUAAGGGAAAUCAAAAACUUAUCAGGACUAGACACACUAAAAGAACUUUACCUUGGUAAAAAUAAAAUAUCUAAAAUACAAAAUCUCGAAGACCUCAAAAAUCUAGAGUUACUGAUCAUACAGAGCAAUCGCCUUCUCAAAAUAGAAAAUUUGGAACAUUUGACUAAUUUAGAACAGUUGUAUCUAUCUGAGAAUGGUAUAACAGUGAUGGAGAAUAUGGAGAAUCAAGUCAAAUUGCAGACUUUGGAUUUAUCUAUGAACAGGAUCACUGUUAUUGAGAAUGUGCAGCACAUGAGCAAUCUAGAGGAGCUUUGGUUAAACAACAACCAAAUAGCAGAUUGGUCAUCAGUGGAUUAUCUGCAGCAAAAUAAAAAGUUGGCAACAAUAUAUUUAGAACACAACCCGCUGGCUACAGAUCCCGCCUACAGGAGGAAACUCAAGCUGACACUGCCUUCACUGCAGCAGAUCGACGCUACUUUGUGUAGAUAAGAGUUUAUUACUAACUGAAAUAUAUUAUAAUGGCGCCAUGAAAGUUAAAACUAGUAAUUAUACAAUUUUUAUAUGCUGCUGCAUAUCUUGACAUCUCAGUCCUGUUCUUGUUCAUUAUAAUGUUACUUUAUACUGAUCUAAUGUCCCAUUUUGGCUUCGAUUAGUUAGCGAACAACAGCAUGUUGAUUUAAAUUUGUAUAAAAGUAAAAUAACAUCUAGAAUCAGAUGGAUGUUGAAAAAUAAAUUUAGAAUAUGAUAGUUGAAUUUAAUUUUAGGUAGGAUAUACUUUUGUUUAUGUUAAUCAUAUUGUAGUCUUUGUUUAUUAAUAUCUACACACUAACAUGAAUAUCACUUUAUUUUUAACUUUCAUGGCUUAUGUUGUAUGUAGAUCAACAGUAGAAUAUUUGGAGAGAUUAUAGUAUUUGACGAUUGUCGUAUUUUGUUAUGUAACUACUUAGUUAAUAAAAACUCUAUGGUAUUAUUGUUGUAUGUGAUGUGGUACAUCUGUCCCCAACCUCCCUUUGUGGUAGAUUACUGUUGUGAUUGUGUUUGGGGAUUUUAAAUUGUGUUUAGGUGUUAUUGUAGUUUCUGUUGUAAUAAAUUUUUACUUUCUUUUCUGGUAGUACAUAGUAGAUACUUUUAGUUUUAACUAAGGUAAACAAAAUAUAUAAUUUGUUCAAAGUUUAUAAAACAUUAUAAUUAUGAAUAUAAUAUUUUAUCAUGCAUUGAAAAUGUAUAAAAAAGAAUUGUUUCAAGAGGACUUAGCUUACAAGCAUUUUUUGAAUAUCAAGCUUGACUAUUUGGUAAACAGGUAUCUUGAUAAAAGCUGGCAAUAAACUCAACAAUAAUGUUCUUUUUAAAAUAUUUUUUUACAUUUUUAUUACAUAGAAUAAUUAUUUCUACUAGGGUAAACAUAAAAACCGAUAUAAAAGAUGAUCUAAUUACCUGGAAGUAAUUGGAUCAUCUUUUACAUUCACCACUAUAGCAUUUUUGUCAUUAAUAAAUUUAUCAUUUGUGUAUUAUGUUAUGUGUUUUAAAACAUAGUAAAAUAGAAUAUAUAAAGUUACAUACAGGCUGGUCGGAAGUAUUUCCCAUAACUCUAGGGUUAUAUUCUUUAAGGAAAAUUUAUUAAAAAUGUCUAAGGAACAUGUUUUCUACAAUGAAUAUUUACUGAGAUUUCUUUGGUAAAUAGAUCUUACAUUGUGUCCCUUAUAUCGCAUCUUAUAAUAUGACCUAACGAAACUUAUUCAUUGAUAAAUAUCAUGAAGCAGCUUACUAGUGAAGUGCUGAGUGCCUGCUGCAAUAUCUCGUCGAUAUCGACAGCGAUUACGUAUUUUAAAAUGCAAGGAUAGAUAAAGGCGUGUGUUACAUGGAUAGUCAGAAUUACUUUGUAUGUAUUAUGAAAACAUAAAAAGCUUAAAUUAGUUAUUUGUCUUGAAGUUAUGGUAAAAACAUCCUGUAUAUUUCGUAUACAUAUAUGUAUAUGAAACAUUGAAAUGUAAUGGGUCCAUAUCCAUCUUUGUACAAAUAUUAUAGAUAAUAAUUAUAAUCAGCUGAUGCCAGCAAAGUCCAAUUUACUAAUAUAAAUAAAUAUAAUGAAUUUCAUGACUGAUUUACAUUUUAGCAUCCAUAUUCAGCUGUAAAAACUCGCUAAAGUACAUACAUAUUAGAACAAAAGUAUGCCUUAUGAACUUUGACAUUCUACUAACUUAUACUUAGUACUUAUAAUAAAACUGUAAUAGGUCCAAUUCUGUAAAAAAUUAAGAAAAGAUAUACCUAUAGAUAUUUAAAAAAAAACAUUUUAUUCCAAUAACACCUUAUUUCUUUAUUAUUAUUAAUAUCUUCAUUGUCCAAAAUUUAUCCUGUUACAGUUUUAUUAUACCUACCUAGAUAUAUAUAUAUUGUAUAUGGUUAAAAAAUAUAAACAUAGGUAUUUGACUUAGUUAUGUAAUUACCUAUUUUAUUAGCUGAGCCUUGGGUAUGUAAAAUUACUAGCGGACGCCCGCGACUUCGUCCGCCCUUUGACCUCUAAGCGAUCCUAUCGCAAAAUCCGUUUUUUAGCAUACCCGUGUAAUUACGUUAUAUACUUAUUCAGAAUAUCAAUCAAACUACCGAUUUCAUAUUACAACAAACAGUAAAAGUUUAAUAAAUACAUAUUAAUUGAACUUUUAGAUAUAUAGGUAUUAUUAGAACCUGCUAAAAGUAUAAUAUGUAUUGUAAUUUGUAUAGAGAAAAUACUUACCUAUUAGUUUUUAAUUGUUUAGCAGCGCCGCGUGGUUUUACCUUCCCAUUUUCGUGUAAAUCUGGGUGUGAAAAAAAUAGCGUGUAUUUUUGGAGUUUACUCCUUAUGAAUCAAUUUUUCACACAUAGCCCCCUGUAUGAAAAAAAAAUAUGGGCAGUAAAAUUCGAUGAACGAAUUAUAUUAUUAAUUACAAAUAUUAUGAUAGCAUUACGUUUUUGUGCGCAACCUAUUCUGCGCACCUUUCACCCACGUCCGCACGUAUGUGCACGCUGUUGGCGGGCGCGGACGCUGCGGUCUGCAGCUCCUCGGUUGCGCUUUCACUUUCCAGUCGUAGGUAUUGAGACGUACAUAGAGUAUGCAACGGGGUAACAUACACCAAUUUCUUUAGCCAGUUUCUUCAUGUAAAGCUAAAGUAACAGUAUAAGUAGUAAAGAAGACUUUGUUUUUCCGUGAUUAAGACCGUCACUUUAGCUUUAUGACGUUACUUUGACUGUUACUUACGAUGAAGAAACUGGCCGUUAGACAGGCGACCUGAAAGAAUAAACUCCGUUGGUACGUUGGAGCUGACACACACUUUUUUAGAUUUUACGACAUUGCCGGAUUAAGGAGAUAUAAGGGUGGACGAAGCCGCGGGCGUCUGCUAGUUUUAAAUAUGUAUAGUGAUAAGAAAUUGUGGCACAAAAUAUAAUCAAAUAUCGCAAUAAUACUGCAGAAAUGCAUUUCCAGGCAGUCUCGGAGUCUCGCAGCAGCCUAGGACUGAUGGGGGAUGCUCACCGGCGGCCUUCCAGUCUAUUCACUAAAGUUAACUUUAACGUGUAAAUAACGGUCUUUGUAUUUCAAAUGUAAUGUAAUUAAAAGUGUAUUGGUAAA